UUUGUGGUUGGGUCUACUGUCCGGGUUCGACGUAUGCGGACAGUAAUCUCACCUAUAAAUCUCCCCUUCCCCGACCUUUCCUCUCCCUCAUCCCAUCGCUUCGAAAACCCUAGAAACAGAGUUCCGAGAUCCCAAUCUCCUUCCAAGAUGCAGAUCUUCGUGAAAACCCUCACCGGAAAGACGAUCACCCUCGAGGUGGAGAGCUCCGACACCAUCGACAACGUUAAGGCCAAGAUCCAGGACAAGGAGGGGAUUCCCCCGGAUCAGCAGCGGCUCAUCUUCGCCGGGAAGCAGCUCGAGGACGGCCGAACCCUAGCCGACUACAACAUCCAGAAGGAGUCGACCCUCCACCUUGUGCUCCGUCUCCGCGGCGGUAUGCAGAUCUUCGUGAAAACCCUAACGGGGAAGACGAUCACCCUUGAGGUGGAGAGCUCCGACACCAUCGACAAUGUGAAGGCCAAGAUCCAGGACAAGGAGGGGAUUCCCCCGGAUCAGCAGCGUCUCAUCUUCGCCGGGAAGCAGCUCGAGGACGGCCGCACCCUCGCCGACUACAACAUCCAAAAGGAAUCCACCCUUCAUCUUGUCCUCCGUCUCCGCGGCGGUAUGCAGAUCUUCGUCAAAACCCUAACGGGGAAGACGAUCACCCUCGAGGUCGAGAGCUCCGACACCAUCGACAACGUGAAGGCCAAGAUCCAGGACAAAGAGGGCAUCCCCCCGGACCAGCAAAGGCUCAUCUUUGCCGGGAAGCAGCUCGAGGACGGGCGCACCCUCGCCGACUACAACAUCCAAAAGGAAUCCACCCUCCACCUCGUGCUCAGGCUGAGGGGUGGGAUGCAGAUCUUCGUCAAGACCCUAACGGGGAAGACGAUCACCCUCGAGGUCGAGAGCUCCGACACCAUCGACAACGUGAAGGCCAAGAUCCAGGACAAGGAGGGCAUCCCCCCGGACCAGCAGCGUCUCAUCUUCGCCGGGAAGCAGCUCGAGGACGGACGCACCCUCGCCGACUACAACAUCCAGAAGGAAUCCACCCUCCACCUCGUCCUCCGCCUCCGCGGUGGCAUGCAGAUCUUCGUCAAGACCCUCACCGGCAAGACGAUCACCCUCGAGGUCGAGAGCUCCGACACCAUCGACAAUGUCAAGGCGAAGAUCCAGGACAAGGAGGGGAUCCCACCGGACCAGCAGCGUCUGAUCUUUGCAGGUAAGCAGCUCGAGGACGGCCGCACCCUCGCCGACUACAACAUCCAGAAGGAAUCCACCCUUCACCUCGUGCUCCGCCUCCGCGGUGGUAUGUAAGCUUCCAACGUGCUAUCGAUGGGGUCCCUGGCAAUUAUCCGCGCUCUUCGCGCCUGCGUCCUGUUCUAUGAAUUAUCUGAUUGAGUCUCGUCUCGUGUUCUUUGCUGUGGGUCUAUAAUAUACUCUAUAUGUCGUUUGCUUUGUUCUCUGUGGUCAGUUGUCUGCGAACUUUUCUACUAUGUUCUUGUGGUGGUUUCUAAUAAAUAAAGAUAAUGCCAGGUUAUUGUGUGCUAUGCUA